CUAAGCUGCUUGCUCUUGCUUUCUGUGCCACAGCUCAUAAUUGCCUGUUCAAAGGGAGGUACCAGUAUUGAAGACCUGGCUGAAAAAUUUCCUGACAUGAUUAUAAAGGUUCCCAUUGAUGUGUUUAGAGGAAUCACUGACGAAGAUGCUGCGAAGGUCGUCGAUGGUUUGGCUCCUAAAGUAGCUGACAGAAAUGAUUCAAUUGAACAAGUGAAAAAGUUAUAUAAAAUGUUCUGUGAAUGUGACUGCACAAUGUUAGAGAUCAACCCCCUUGCUGAAACAUCUGAUAAGAAGUUGGUAGCUGCUGAUGCUAAGCUCAAUUUUGAUGAUAAUGCUUCUUACCGUCAAAAAGAAAUUUUUGCUCUCCGUGAUUCAUCACAAGAAGAUCCUCGUGAGGUUGCUGCUGCAAAAGCUGAUUUGAACUAUAUUGGCUUAGAUGGAGAAAUUGGUUGCAUGGUGAAUGGCGCUGGAUUGGCAAUGGCUACCAUGGAUAUAAUUAAGCUUCAUGGAGGGACUCCGGCCAACUUUCUUGACGUUGGUGGUAAUGCCUCUGAAGGACAAGUUGUGGAGGCUUUUAAAAUUUUGACUUCAGAUGAGAAGGUAAAAGCAAUCCUGGUUAACAUCUUUGGAGGAAUAAUGAAGUGUGAUGUGAUAGCCAGUGGUAUUGUCAAUGCGGCCAAACAGGUUCAAUUGAAAGUGCCAGUGGUUGUUCGCCUUGAGGGUACCAAUGUCGAACAAGGGAAGAGAAUACUAAAGGAAAGUGGGAUGACCUUGAUAACUGCCGAAGAUUUAGAUGAUGCGGCUGAGAAAGCAGUAAAAGCAACUGCUAGUUGAGUGGAAACCAAUUUUAUUGUUUUAUUUAUUUCAUAGUCUCUCCCUUUUUGAUAGGAAGCAUCUGAAUGUCCACAUUUCAAGUGUACAAGAAGAAAAUAGGGAUUAAAUUCUUCUUGAUAAGACUUGGAAUAAGCUUGGUGUUAUUCAGCUGUGACCGUUACUAUCGUUCCUAUUGAUCCUUAUCCCUCUGAUUUUACCCUUUCUUUAUUCAUGAUUGUGUUGUUCCCAGCUUCUGGAACUUUGAGAGUAUCCUAAAAAUUACUGGCCCUUAGAACCA